CUUGACUCGGACUCGAGUCUUUUGGACUCGGUCUGUCCUGGACUUGAACCUCUUUGGACUCGGUCUUGACUUGGUCUCGACCGGUCCUGGUCUUGGACUUGUCUUGGACUCGACAAAGGUGGUCUUGACUACAGCCCUGGCCCAUACUGUGCUGAGGUGAGCAUCAUGGCUGAGAACAUUCUGGACCUGCUCUUCAGAACUCUGGAUGAGUUGGAGGAGGCAGACCUGAAGCGGUUCAAGUCUCACCUGUCUGAGAGAACCUUGGAGGUGUUUAAGCCCAUCCCCAAAGGAAAGCUGGAGAAAUGUGACGCUACAGACAUUGCCUCUAAGAUGAAGGAGGCCUAUGGGGAGGAAGGCUCAGUAAAAAUGACCCGGACCAUCCUGAGGAAGAUGAACCUCAAUGACCUUGCAGACCAACUAGGAGAGAGCGAUGUUGCCGUGUCAGGAAAGCAAGCUGAUGCAAUUCUACAGGAGGUCAAAGAAAAACACAAAAAGUGGAUGAUAGAGAAGUUUUGUGAGAUUCAUGAGUGUCUUGAGGAUGGGAAGAACAAAACAUUCCUCAAUAAGAUCUACACAGAGCUCUACAUCACAGAGGGAGAGAGUGAAGGUGUCAACACUCAACAUGAGAUUCACAGGAUUGAAGCACAGUCAAAAUCCCAAAAGGCAGACAAAGACAAAAUUAACUGUAAUGACAUCUUCAAGUGUCCAAUGGAGCAUAAGAAAAUCCGAGCUGUGAUGACCACAGGCAUUGCCGGCAUUGGAAAAUCUGUAUGUGUGCAAAAGUUAAUUCUGGACUGGGCAGAAGGAAGGGCCCAUCAGGAUGUUGAUUUCAUAUUUGCACUUCCAUUCCGCCAGUUAAACUUGAAACAAAAUAAGUUAUACACUCUUCUCAAACUCCUCCUUGUCUUUCAUCGCGGACUGGAUGAAGAGGUCAUAUGUCCCAAAAUGUUCAGAGAGUUGAAGGUACUGUUCAUCUUUGAUGGUCUGGAUGAGAGCAAACUCUCCCUGAAUGUAGAAGACGACAUAGAUGAUCCCCUGGAGACUGCAUCAGUGGAUGUGUUGAUAACCAACCUCAUCAAAGGCAAUCUACUGCCUAAUGCACUUAUCUGGAUAACUUCCCGACCAGCAGCUGUCAAACGGAUCCUUCCUAAACACAUAGACAGGUGGACAGAGGUACAAGGAUUCAAUGACCAACAGAAGGAUGAAUAUUUCAAAAAGAAGAUUGAGAAUCCAGAGGAAGCGGACAUUGCCAUUGCUCACAUUAAAAGGUCAAAGAGCCUCUACAUCAUGUGCCACAUCCCUGUCUUCUGCUGGAUCUUGGCCACUGUGCUUCUGAAAAUGAGCAAUCUUACCAGUACAAGUGACUAUCCUCAAACACUGACUGAGAUCUAUAUCCAUUUCCUGCUCACUGAGACACGUAGGAAGGGUCAAAAAUAUGACAAAGGCUUUGAACGAGAUGAUAAAAAACGCCUGAAGUCCAACAAAGAGCCUAUUUUGAAAUUAUCUAAACUAGCAUAUGAAGAACUGCUGAAGGGUAAUAUCUUGUUUUAUGAAGACAAUUUGACAGAGUGUAGCAUCAAUGAAGAAGACAUUGCAUUGUACUCUGGUAUGUGCUCUGAGUUCUUCACGAGUGAGUGUGCCGUGGACCAACAUAAAGUCUAUUGCUUUGUGCAUCUGAGCAUUCAGGAGUUUCUGGCUGCAUUGUUUACGUUUCACUCCUUUGUGACGAAGAACACAGAAGCACUUAGACAAUUUGGCUCACGAGAAUCUGAGAAAUGUCAGGCUAAGGGGGACUCAAGAGACCCUUCCAAACUUUCCUUGGCUGAGUUUUUAGGAACUGCAAUAGAUAAAUCCAUGCAGAACAAAGAUGGACAUCUGGACCUUUUCCUUCGCUUCCUCUUAGGCAUCUCACUUGAGUCCAACCAGAGACUCCUACAAGGCCUUCUGGCACACAUAGAGAGCAGCUCAGACAGCCACAAGAAAACAGCCCAGUACAUCAGAAGAAUUCUGAGUGAGGACAAAAAAGUCCCUGAAAGAUGUCUGAAUCUGAUCCUCUGUUUAUCGGAGAUGAAGGACAACACCCUUCAUCAGGAGAUUCAGCAGUACAUAGACUCUGGAGCAAAGCUCUCACCUACCCAAUGUUCACAACUGGCCUACAUGCUUCUGGUGUCAGAGGAAACACUUGAUGAGUUUGACCUGGCUAAGUACAAGACAUCAAGUGAGGGUCGUGAGAGACUGCUUAUAGUAUUGAAGUCUUGCAGGAAAGCACUAUUGGCUGGUUGUUAUCUCCAAAAGGAUUCCUAUGAGGUCAUAGCAUCUGGUCUUCAGUCAGAAAACUGCCUGUUGAAAGAGCUAGACCUGAGUUCUAAUCCUCUGGAGGAUUCUGGAGUGAGGUUGCUGUCUGUUGGGCUGAAGCAUACUAACUGCAAGCUGGAAACACUGAGACUUGCCAAUUGUAAUAUCACACAUAAUUCCUGUGAGAUUGUGGCUUCAGUUCUGCAGUCAACAAACUCCCUCAUAAAGCUGGACUUGGGUGAAAAUGACCUGGGGGAUUCUGGAGUGGCCCUUCUCUCUAAGGGACUAUCUAGUCCCCUCUGCAACCUGCAGACAUUAAGACUUGCCAAUUGUAAUAUCACAUAUAAUUCCUGUGAGAUUGUGGCUUCAGUUCUGUCAACAUACUCCCUCAUAAAGCUGGACUUGGGUGAAAAUGACCUGGAAGAUUCUGGAGUUCGGUCUCUCUCUGAGGGACUAUCUAGUCCCCUCUGCAAACUGCAGACAUUAAGACUUGCUGUAUGCAAACUCUCAGAGAAGUCAUGUGGAAUUGUGGCUACUGUUCUACAGUCACCAAACUCCCUGAUAGGGCUAGACCUGAGUCACAAUGACCUGAGAGAUUCUGGAGUUCAGCUUCUCUCUAAGGGACUGUCUAGUCCCCACUGCAAACUGCAGACAUUAAGGCUUGCUGAUUGUAAGCUCACAGAUAAACUAUGGGAGAUUGCUGCUUCAAUUCUACAGUCACCAAACUCCCUGCUACAGCUGAACUUCAGCAACAAUGACCUGGGGGAUUCUGGAGUGCAGCUUCUCUCUAAGGGACUGUCAAGUUCCAAUAGCAUACUGCAGAUAUUAAGGCUUGCUGAUUGUAAACUCACAGAUAAAUCGUGUGAGAUUGUGGCUUCAGUUCUACAGUCACCAAACACCCUGCAACAGCUGGACUUGAGUGACAAUGACUUGGGGGAUUCUGGAGCUCAACAUCUCUGUAAGGGACUGUCCCGUUCCAACUGCAAAAUACACACAUUAAGGCUCUCUGAUUGUCUCAUCUCAGAGAGUUGUGGUUUUCUGGCUUCAGCUCUGACUUCAAACCCCUCCCAUCUAAAAGAGCUGGAUCUGAGCUACAAUCAUCCUGGAGAAUCAGGACUGAAGCUGUUAUCCGCUAGACUGGAGGAUCCUGUCUGUAAACUGGUGAUACUUAAAACGGGGACUUCUGUAAGCAGAGCACGACCACAUUUGCUGAGAAAUGCCUGUGAUCUCACACUGGACCCAAACACAGCACACAGAUAUCUCUCUUUCUCUGAGGGGAACAGAAAGGUGACGUGUGUGAAUAAGCAGCAGCCGUAUCCUAAACACCCAGAGAGAUUUGACGACUGUUAUCAGGUGUUGUGUAGAGAGGGUCUGACUGGACGCUGCUACUGGGAGGCUGAGUGGAGUGUAGAUAGAAGAGCUGUUAUAUCUGUGGCCUAUAAAAGCAUCAAGAGGAAAGGGAGGUACAGUGAUGACGUCAUAAUGGGACGGAAUGCCAAGUCCUGGAGUCUGUGGUGCUCUCAUGACAGAUACUCUGUCUGGCACAAUAAUGAAGAGACUGACAUACCUGCCCCCUCCUCCGGCUCCAGAAGAGUAGGAGUGUACCUGGACUGGCCGGCCGGCACUCUGUCCUUCUACAGCGUCUCCUCUCACACACUCACCCACCUGCACACGUUCCACUCCACAUUCACUGAGCCCCUCUGUCCAGGGUUUUUUGUUUGGUCUACUGGCUCCUCAGUGUCCCUGUGCCAGAUCACAUGAGCUCCUCCUCCAGCAGGUUCGUCCACCUGUCACCCUUUCUCUCUAUCUUCUGUACUUUCCCUCCUUUCACUUGUUAAUUUUCACUCUCUUUCUCUCUCUGUCCCCUCUUCCUCUCUCUCUCUCUCUACUCCCUCUUUUUCUCCCCCUCUUUUUUCUCUUUCUUUAUCUGUCCCCUCCUCUGUUUUCUCCUCUUUUCCACUUCUCUCUCUCUGUGUGUGUUUCUGGUUUGAAUUAAACGGUCUACUUUCUACCAAAGAUUCUAGAACAGAGCAAGAUGGAUCAGUGGCGUCAAAAGAGUGAAGUACGCUCUGAGUUCGACAGGGCGCCAUUGUGGUAAGCUCAGUGCAACAUUUCAGACAGAGUUCCAAUCAUACAAACCCACCUAAACAGCUGUUUUUGCCGUUGCCAGCUGUUUUUUUUUUUUGUUUUUUUUGUAGCCUAAGCCUACUCGGUAAUGAGCUUCAAGAUCUGGCCAUGUGAAAAGCAUGAUUUAUUAUUUUUCACCAUUCCACUGAUAAGGAUAUAGGCUAUUUAGGCAUUUAUUUAAUCCGAUAAUAGCCUAGUUAUUGCGCUGGUAAAUAAAUCACACCAAUUCCCAUUGGGAGAUACUGUUAAGGUAGCUAGCAGGCAAACUAACUUAGCAACGUUAUUAUAAUCAUUUUUCUUUUUUUUCUACCCUUACUCUAAUGAAAGUCCAGAUUGUUUGCUGCUGCUCUUUUCCCCAUGGACAGCUUCGCCCAUAAACAAUUUUCCCCCGUAAACAGUUUAGUUUCCUUCACCCAAGCUGUCAGCUGUUCCAUAACGUUACUUUCACUAGAUGGCGAUUUCAGAGAUUUGGAUUCUGUGAGGCUAGUUCUUUCCAGUAAUCUCCAAAGUCUCAGGAGAGUUGAACAACGACAGGUAGGCUACGGACUAUCUUUAUUAACAUGAAGCAGCUCAUAUCGUUAAACACGCCGCCUACAAUGUGAAAGCUUGUUGUGCAGUGUGAAGUAGCCUAACAUGUUAGCUUGGUGCCUGUAGCCAUGGUCGUUUGCAAUCAGCCGAUAGGGUUGCAUGUUUUUUAUUGCACCUAAUAUCUUUCGUUGUCAACGGACCUGAGCGAAUAGGUUCAUUGCAGCCCAUAUUCUGUCUUAUUUCUCUCAACUGCAACAUUGACAGACAAUUGUAGCCUACUAUAGCCACGAGCUAUUAGCCUAGUGUGUUAAACUUGGUCUAACGGUAUUCGUCUUUUUCAUGGCUGCUGUGCUGUGUCGUUCAUAGUAAAUGUGUCGCUCCCUCAUUAUCUCUACUGAGCGCAUAUAGUGUCGUGGCCAGAGCCAUAGAGAGAGCUGGUCGAGGCCACAUAUAGGCUACAGUUGGGACAUAAAAUAGUUUGACAAGUUAAGGCAUGUUUAGUAUGGCAGUUCUAUCCAUAGGCUGUAUGAUAGUCUCUCAGACUGUUUAUUUAAGGAUUUCCGAUGUUGUGGUCGAAAGCGGCACCUCGUGGUUGUUACACUAGGCCUACAUUUAAUAGUUCACUUGGUGAAAGGGUGAACAUUUAUAAUGUAUGUGUGCUUCUAAUGGACGAAUUAGUUAUGGAGCUGUUGAAUUUGUUAUCAUAUGUUGCUUGCCAGCAAUACCGCUAUUGAAGGUAUGCUGAAUGGAUGUUGCAGCCUAGCCUAAUGUAUACCCUCGGAAAUACUAUAUAUCGUAUUUAUGCAAUAUAUUUAACGAGUCUAGACAUGGUGUUGUCUGACCGGUUUCUCGUAAUUGGAACAAAUAGCUUUACAGAAUAAAUACUGUUAAUAUUUUAGGGUCAGCGCCAUAGGAUUCCCACUGUGGCCAGCGUCUGUGACGACACCUGAGCUUACUAAAAUGGCGCCCAUGGAGCUAGAACAAUGGUUAGAACGUACUUCAACAUAUUCAACGUCAUAGACAUAUAUAC